CGUGAUCCACCGACCGACUCCUCCGGCGAGUUGCUCGCAUCUCCCACAGUCAUGGCGGUGUCGGGGAGUUGCGGAGAUGGAGUAAACACCGCCGCGUCCUGAUUUGUUGACGGUUUCACGCGGGACUCGAACCGCCGUCGUCCGAGAUCAUCGCGAACGUCCCGCGGGCCGCCGCGCACCCAACGAUGGCCGACCGCGGCGUCGAUCUGUCGGCGCUGCCCAAAGAGGUCAGGGACCAGCUGGCGGAGUUGGACCUGGAGCUGUCCGAAGGUGAUAUAACACAGAAGGGAUAUGAGAAGAAAAGGACAAAACUCCUGGUACCCUACUUCAUCCACACUCCAGUUGAGCCACCCCGUCAGAAUGACAGACAGCCUCCCGCUCCGAGCUCCUCCUCCGGUCACGGCCCUCCUCCCUCCAGCUCGUCCCGUUACCGAGAGCGACGCACCCGCAAGACCCAUCGCAGUGGAGGAACCAGGGACGACCGCUACAGAUCAGACAUCCAUUCGGAGGCAGUACAAGCUGCCCUGGCUAAACAUAAGGAGGAGAAGAUGGCCCUGCCCAUGCCCACUAAACGACGCUCCACUUAUGUCCCAUCUCCCAUCGAAACGCGCACACCACCAGACUCCUCAUCAGGAUCUGAAGAUGAAACGUCUGCGCGCAGGCAGUCAUCCGUGGUCCCCACUUCGCUUGUGGUCAAUCCCAACCUGCAGAGCCCGGACUCUUGGAUCAACCGCACUGUCCAGGGCUCCUCCACCUCCUCCUCAGCUUCCUCCACCUUGUCACACGGAGAGGCCAAGCCGCAGCCUCAGAGCCAGCCUAAGUCUCAGCCUCAGCCGCAGUACAAGCCGCAGUACCAACCUCUGUAUCAGCCUCACUACCAGCCUCAGCUCCAGCCUCAGCACCAGCCUCAGCUCCAGCCUCAGCACCAGCCUCAGCACCAGCCUCAGCCUCAGCACCAGCCUCAGCCCUCAGCCCACACUGCAGCUAUCACGGGCAUGCUGGCUCACAGUCGCAUAGCUGCAGCUCCAUCAGAAAACAGUGCCCCCCCUCCAGAUGUGACAGCUGUGGCCCCUCCAUCGAGAGGUCCACGGGUUGACCUGCCCUCGAACGCUGUGGUCCGAGGGAUGAGCCGUGGACAGAGCCGCUCGAGCAUGAUGGAGACCGCGGACGCAAGAGGUAAUAUCCAGAGAGUUCCUGUGAACAGCAGAGUGUCUACUAAGAUCCAGCAGCUGCUCAACACCCUGAAGAGGCCCAAGAGGCCUCCCCUCAGCGAGUUCUUCACCGACGACGCUGAGGAGAUCGUGGAAGUGCCCCAGCCGGACCCCAACACGCCCAAGCCGGAGGGCCGCCAGAUCAUGCCGGUGAAAGGAGAGCCUCUGGGUGUGGUCAGUAACUGGCCCCCAGCCCUGCAGGCGGCGUUGGCCCGUUGGGGGGCCACUCAGGGGAAGAGCCCCGCCCUCACCGCUCUUGACAUCACGGGCAAACCGCUUUAUACACUGACAUAUGGAAAGCUGUGGAGUCGCAGCGUGAAGCUGGCGUACACUCUCCUGAACAAGCUGGGCACCAAGAACGAGCAAAUCCUCAAACCUGGAGACAAGGUGGCGCUGGUUUACCCCAACAGUGACCCUGGGAUGUUCUGGGUAGCCUUCUACGGCUGCCUGCUAGCUGAAGUUAUACCUGUACCUAUUGAAGUACCGCUGUCUCGCAAAGAUGCAGGGAUCUGCCAGGUGGGGUUUCUGCUCGGUAGCUGUGGUGUUGGUCUGGCUCUGACUAGUGAGAUCUGUCUGAAGGGUUUACCCAAAACACCGACCGGGGAAAUACUGCAGUUCAAAGGCUGGCCUCGACUAAAGUGGGUGGUGACGGACACAAAAUACCUGACCAAGCCUUCCAAAGACUGGCAACCACACAUCCCCACUGCCAACACCGACCCGUCAUAUAUAGAGUACAAGGCAAGUAAAGAUGGCACAGUUGUGGGUGUGGCUGUGUCUAAAGUAGCCAUGUUGACCCACUGCCAGGCGCUGACGCAGGCAUGCAACUACAGUGAAGGGGAAACGCUGGUGAAUGUCCUGGACUUCAAAAAGGAUAUGGGCCUGUGGCACGGAGUUCUUACGGCUGUGAUGAACAGGAUACACACCAUCAGUGUUCCCUACGCAGUAAUGAAGGCGUGUCCUCUCUCCUGGGUACAGAGGGUCCACAUUCACAAAGCUCGUAUAGCUUUGGUGAAGUGCCGUGAUCUACACUGGGCCAUGAUGGCUCACCGUGAACAGAGAGACACCAGUCUGGCGUCUUUACGUAUGCUGAUUGUUGCUGAUGGUGCUAACCCCUGGUCGGUGUCUUCCUGUGAUGCCUUCCUGAACGUGUUCCAGUCCCACGGGCUGAAACCUGAGGUCAUCUGUCCCUGUGCCACCUCCCCCGAGGCUAUGACAGUAGCUAUACGCAGACCGGGAGUACCGGGCACGCCGCUCCCUGCCCGUGCCAUCCUUUCCUUGGGCGGCCUGAGCCACGGUGUCAUCAGGGUCAACACAGAGGACAAGAACUCGGCCCUGACUGUACAAGACGUCGGGCACGUCAUGCCUGGAGCCCUGAUGUGCACUGUUAGGCCAGAUGGACCUCCUCAGCUCUGUAAAACAGAUGAGAUUGGUGAGAUAAUAAUCAACUCCCGUGCUGGAGGCAACAUGUACUACGGCCUGCCUGGGGUCACCAAAAACACCUUUGAGGUGAUACCGGUUAACUCAAAUGGAGUUCCCAUUGGAGAGAUACCAUUUGUGCGGUCGGGACUCUUGGGGUUCGUCGGCCCAGGCAGCUUGAUCUUUGUGGUGGGGAAGAUCGAGGGUCUGCUGAUGGUGAGCGGUCGGAGACACAAUGCUGAUGACCUGGUGGCCACCGCUCUGGCCGUUGAGCCAGUCAAGACCGUGUACCGUGGGAGAAUCGCUGUGUUUUCCGUCACGGUGUUUUAUGAUGAGAGAGUGGCGAUUGUGGCGGAGCAGAGGCCGGAUGCAAGUGAGGAGGACAGCUUCCAGUGGAUGAGCCGAGUGCUUCAGGCUAUCGACAGCAUCCACCAGGUGGGCCUCUACUGUCUGGCUCUGGUCCCGGCCAACACCUUACCUAAAACCCCGCUGGGUGGCAUCCACAUCUCUGACACCAAGCAGUUCUUCUUAGAUGGCAACUUGCACCCCUGCAACAUCCUAAUGUGUCCCCACACGUGUGUCACCAACCUGCCGAAGCCCCGGCAGAAGCAGCCCGUUGGUGUUGGUCCUGCGUCCGUGAUGGUGGGCAACCUGGUGGCGGGGAAGAGGAUCGCCCAGGCUGCCGGCAGGGACCUCGGCGUGAUCGACGACCAGGAUCUCGUCCGAAAGCUCUGUAUGUGGCCCACUGUGAUGCAUCAGUAUCUGACGGAGGCUCUACAGUGGAGGGCACAGACAGACGCAGACCACGUCCUCUUUGUUCUUCUUAAUGCAAAGGGUGUCACAGUGAGCACAGCGACCUGCCUCCAGCUGCACAAGCGGGCAGAGAAAAUAGCCGCAGCUCUCACUGAGAAAGGCAGCAUCAACACCGGAGAGAACGUGGUUCUGCUUUAUCCUCCCGGAAUUGAUUUGAUAGCUGCCUUCUACGGCUGUCUUUACGCUGGAUGCGUUCCCGUUAACGUCAGACCACCGCACCCUCAGAACCUGGCAGCCACGCUUCCUACUGUCCGAAUGAUUAUUGAUGUCAGUAAAGCUGCAUGUAUCCUCACCACUCAAGGUCUCAUGAGGACUCUGCGCUCCAAAGAGGCUGCUGCUUCAGUUAACAUUAAAACGUGGCCAACAAUCAUUGACACAGAUGACCUUCCUCGUCGCCGGCCUCCCCAGAUCUAUAAACCGCCCACAGCAGAGAUGAUUGCUUAUCUGGACUUCAGUGUGUCCACUACAGGCAUGCUCACUGGGGUUAAGAUCUCUCAUGCGGCGGUCAGUGCACUUUGUCGCUCUGUAAAGCUGCAGUGUGAACUGUACUCCUCUCGCCAAAUAGCCAUCUGCCUGGACCCCUACUGUGGUCUGGGCUUCGUCUUGUGGUGCCUGGCAAGUGUCUACUCAGGUCACCAAACUGUCCUGAUUCCUCCCUUUGAGUUGGAGAGCUGCUUGUCUCUGUGGCUGAGUACACUCAGUCAGUAUCGAAUCAGAGACACUUUCUGCUCCUACUCCGUCAUGGAGCUCUGCACCAAAGGGUUGGGCUCUCAGACUGAGCUACUCAAGGCCCGUGGUGUGAGCCUGUCUUGUGUGCGAAGCUGUGUGGUGAUAGCAGAGGAACGCCCUCGACUCGCCCUCUCACACUCCUUCACGAAGCUGUUCAAGGACAUCGGCCUGUCGUCCAGAGCUGUCAGCACCACUUUUGGUUCGCGGGUUAACCUGGCCGUCUGUCUGCAGGGCACUACUGGUCCGGAUCCCUGUACGGUUUAUGUGGACAUGAAGUCCCUUCGACAUGACAGAGUCAGGCUGGUGGAGAGAGGAGCGCCUCAGAGUCUUCCUCUAAUGGAGUCUGGCAAGAUACUACCAGGUGUUCGGGUAAUAAUAGUAAAUCCCGAGACCCGAGGUCCACUUGGUGACUCUCAUCUAGGAGAGAUCUGGGUGAACAGCCCUCACAAUGCCAGUGGCUACUACACCAUCUACGGAGAGGAGAGUCUUCAGGCCAACCACUUCAACACCAAGCUCAGCUUUGGAGACCCGCAGACCUUGUGGGCCAGGACGGGAUACUUGGGUUUUGUGAAGAGGACUGAGCUGUUAGAGGCCAACGGGGAUCGGCACGAUGCUCUCUUCGUGGUGGGCUCACUGGAUGAGACCCUGGAGCUUCGAGGGCUGCGCUACCACCCAACUGACAUUGAAAUUUCAGUGUCCCGGGCUCACCGCAGUAUAGCUGAGAGUGCUGUGUUUACGUGGACCAACCUGCUGGUGGUGGUGUCAGAGCUGUGUGGUUCAGAGCAGGAUGCACUGGACCUCGUGCCUCUGAUAACCAACGCCGUCCUGGAGGAGCACCACCUUAUUGUGGGCGUGGUGGUCAUUGUGGAUCCCGGCGUCAUACCCAUCAACUCCAGGGGAGAGAAGCAACGCAUGCACCUUCGUGACUCUUUCCUCGCCGACCAGCUGGAUCCCAUCUACGUUGCUUACAAUAUGUGAGGGGUUGUGUUGGUUUGGGCUUGUUUAGACAUCAUCCACAUUUUGGAUGCUUCUGCAUCACCACCCCAACGCUUGACCGCAGCUUUGCCAGAGGAGACAAAGGAAAAGCAUGAAGCACACGUAUCGCCACCCGGCCCCGUGUGACACCAGCAUAUAUCGGCCACUGCAUGUCUGUGAUUGGACCUGCCAUGUUGGGAGUUCUUCACUGUGUUUUAUGGAUAUAAUUUAGCAAAUGGGACAGAAGCAACUUGUACUUAGGGCAAAGGAAAAAAAUAAACCCUGUUGCACUUUUUUAUGAAAAGGGUUAAACACGGGACAGGACCACUCUGGAAAUAAUUUCUAUAAAAGAUGUCCAUUGUCUCUACCACAAACCUCGUAAAAUACUUUCCCUUCUGCUUCCAUACAAAUACCAAGAGCUAUUAAACUUGGAUAAACAACUUGAAAUAUUACACGUGCACGUGCGCACACACACACACACAUGCACUGAGCAUUUGCUAAUUUCUCACUACCAGGGAUGAACAAAAGGGGGCAGAUGAAAACAAACAAUAGAACAAGUAGCCAGUCUCAGUUUGUGUGCAUUAUUUAGAAAGUCCCAUGAUAUUGAAGCCAAAAACAAUUUCUCAACUUUCCUGCCCUAAUAUUUCCUGCCUUAAAAAAACUUCACCCAUACAUUCCUACCUUGAUUUUUAAUGAAUCUGUUAUUGACGGCUGUUUACUUGACUACUCUGACGAGUAGUGGAAAUCCUAAACCGAUACCCAAAUGGAUCAAGGUAACGAGAAAAGUGGCCAUAUUCUGUACUGUACCUAUAAAGGCCGGUUGUAUUUUAGAUACUAUGUUGCUGUAUAGAUAUAUUUUAAUUGUAUAAAUGUAUAAAUGCUAGACUUUUCUCUCUCAGUUCAUGGUUUAUGGAUAGCAGAUGGAUUACAAUUAUGGCAGAGAGAGCAUUGUAAAUAAAAAAAAGAUUUGACAGUACUUUUGAAAUGGAAUAUUAGUUGUAUAAUGAAAGUUAAAGAUAAUUAAUUAUAAAGCAAUGUAAGUCAGGGUAGAUAGAAUAUUGCACUUUCUCAAAAUGUAUCUAUUUUAUUAUGAACCAAUAAGGCAUUUUAACAAAAGUUUAAGGAGCAUAUUUUAUCCCGAGGAUUCUUGCUUGAAGAGCUUUAGAGCUUAGGAGGGCUAUCACUGUUAAUUACAGGGAACUAUCCUGUCUGCCAUUGAAACAAAUACUUGGUUAAAAACCAUUAUCAUGACUUCAGGCUACCGGAUUAUUUUGUAAAAAAUAGGCCCAGAACUCUUUAUCUAAUAUUCAUUGCCAUUUACUUUGCAUCCGUUGUAUCCGACAGUUAAACACGUCUCAUUUUUUAAUUGCAAAAUAGAGCAGGUGUUUAAGAGUUGUGUUGCCUUGCUUUUCCUUUUCAUACUCAAAGUUCAUUCAAAUUGUAUUUUGUAUUUGUGCAACUUAUUAACAGGAUCAUGUUUUCGCUACUUAAGAGUCUGUAGUCAAUAUUUGCAAGUCAUCAUGUAUCUGGAUGAUUUUCUUUGUUCUAUCACUGGAUUUAAAAGCACCUGUGAAUGCAAUUGCAAAGCUGAGCCAUGUGGAAAAACAACAUGGAUUUGCCGGUAAAGUAAUUGUAAAAAAGGGUGAAAAAAAGAAAUAAUAUUCACAUCGAGAUGUAUUUGCAAAAUGUGUUUGAUUUCUUGUUUUGUCAUGCUUCCCUCGUGAUCCUUGCCAUAAUUUAUAGGUUAUUUGUAUUGGAUUAUAAUGUAUUUCAGUGAUGAACAGUUAACGUAAACAUGUAAAUAUUUUUGUUAACUAUAGAAUUUUGCAAUUGUCCAAUUAUAGAUACAAUCAUGCCAAACACAAUCUUAGAGAGAUUUUCAAUCAUUUAAAAGGUAAACCAGAAUACAAUCCAUUGAAUUACUGCACUUUGCACUGGUGGUAUUUACAGCAGCUGUCUACUGUGUGGACUAACUACCCAUUGUUCAUGUUCCAUGUGUUACCCACUUUAGAUGAAUAAUGCUUGGCAUUUGUUUUUGCCCAGUAUAAGUACACCUAGAGUAAAAACUAACAACACUUCAUCUUAGCUUUUAUGUUGCAUAGUUUGUUUUUAGCAGAAUGUUUGCAUGAUUCAGCCAAGCGCAAGAAUAAAUCAGCUUGAAGCACGUCUCAUCUUAAGGCACAAGUGGAGGAGAUAUAUAUGUGUAUGAAAUUGUAUAUUCAGGGAACAAAACUCAUAACACAGGGAUGGACCAGCUGGUCCCUUGGUGCAAUCUGUGAAUAAUACCCAUAAAAUGUAGACAUUUGUCCAAAAAUAAUCCUUUUUGUUAUUAAAGCAGAAGAUAAUGAGCAAAAGAGGGGUUACUGACGACAGUGUCUAAAUGCCAUCUACCUGCUUCGCUGGGAAGUCUACAAGGGCUUCCUUUGGUUUCCACUCUCUUUCUCCGUCAGAGUUCUAACACACUAUGCAAUCCUAAUUACAGUGCAAUUUCAUUUCAAAGCUUGCACAGUCUGAUUAAAUAAACAUGAGGCGUUAACAUUUUAUAAUAACUAAGAACAGAGGACUGAUGAAAUCUAACCGGUAGUGUACUUAAGACUGGAAUAAUCUAUCUUGAGCUGUUCUAUAAAUAUUUUGUGUAUACACUCUCGGUAUGUUGUACAUUCAUUAUUUGGUGAAUCCUAUACUGCUCCAUGAGGGCGUGAUCCACUGAUGAAUCUUUAAUGUUAGAGAGGUAUUUGUUAACUCAUAUAAUUAACAAAUCAAGGUGGUACCCCCCUUUCCAUUUUAUCACUUAUUUUCUAUUUUGGUUUGUUGUUCUUUGUUUUAUACUUUAUGUGAAAGUAAUGCAGAAUAAAAUUCCAUUAAUCAUUUCA